ACUAUUUUCUUUUACACAAGGUUCCCUGGGGAUACGGAAACCAGAAAUCUCACACGUGUCUCAGAAUUUCAUCUCAUGGGCUUCUCUGAGGAUCCAUACCUGCAGCCCCUCCUCCUGGGACUGUUCCUCAACAUGUACCUGGUCACAGUGCUUGGGAACCUGUUCAUCAUCCUGGCUGUCACCUCUGACUCCCACCUGCACACACCCAUGUACUUCUUCCUCUGCAGCCUAUCAUUGGCUGACAUGGGGUUCAUCUCCACCACGGUUCCCAAGAUGAUUGUGGACAUCAUCACACACAGCACAGUCAUCUCCUAUGCUGGCUGCCUGACUCAGAUGUUCAUUCUUGUCCUCUUUGCAUGCAUGGAUGAUUUCCUCCUGACGGUGAUGGCCUAUGACCGGUUUGUUGCCAUCUGUCACCCCCUGCAUUACCAGGUCAUCAUGAACCCUCACCGCUGCAGCAUCUUAGUGUCAUUGUGCUUUGUGGCCAGUCUUUUGGAUUCCCUGGUGCACAGUUUGGUGGUCUUACAAACUACGUGCUUCAAGAAUUUGGAAAUUUCUAAUUUCUUUUGUGAUCCUUCUCAACUUCUGAACCUUAAUUGCUCUGACACCUUCAGCAGUGACAUAGUCACAUAUCUUGCUGGCAUCAUAUAUGGCUUCCUCCCUAUGUCAGGCAUCCUCUUCUCUUACUCUAAAAUUGUCUCCUCCAUUCUGAGCGUCCCAACACCGGGUGGCAGGUAUAAAGCGUUCUCCACCUGUGGCUCUCACCUGACAGUGGUUUGCUUAUUUUAUGGAACAGGCAUUGGUGUGUAUCUCAGCUCAGAUUUCUCUGGUUCUGCUGGGAAAAGUGCUUUGGCCUCAUUGGUAUACACUGUGGUCACUCCCAUGCUCAACCCCUUUAUCUAUAGCCUGAGGAACAGGGAAAUCAGGAAGGCCAUGAGGAGGCUUCUGAGGAAUGCAUUUUUGUACCUGUGUCAUGCAUUUGUACUGCAGCUAGGGAAAGACAACAAACCUAAGCAUUAG